AUGGCGCCAACGACGACGUCGCCAACGCGGAAGGGCCGGCGUGGCAGCGCGACCGAAGACCUCGUCGCGUGGCAUGGCAUGAGCGUCAAGAACUUUACAGCCAUGGUGGCGUCGGGCUUGCCGGCGUCGCUGCGAAGACGUGCAUUUUGGAUGGACGUCAUCUCGACCGAGCUCAAGACGCGCUCGAGAACCAAGAUGUCGCAGGGGUUCAUCUCGUUUGUGGCCUCAGCGUCGACGGGCGGGCCCACGGCGGUGCCGACGCAAGCCAUGGUAGCUCCCGCCGCCAUCCACCCGGAUGCGUCCGUGCUGAGCGGCCGCCGGCUUCGCCAAGUUCGUCCGUCGACGUUGCUUGAUGACAAGCACAUGGUCGAGCUCGUCUCGGAGCUCAAGGACUCCAAGUUUGUGCUCAUUGACACGACGCUCGCGCCCUUUGUGCUUGCCAUGAGCAGUGUCCUCCUCCCCGAGCUCCACGCGCGCUCCGACUUGAUCAAAGUCCUCACCUUUAUCCUUCAUCGAGAGCAACUGCCGCACAACGACCGGUGUAUUCUGCCGUACGGUGAUACAACGCCGAUCGUCUUGGACACGUUCGAGUCGGUCCUGCAGACGCUGAAUCCCAAGUUACAUGCCAAGCUCACGGACUGGCGGCUCCCGCGCGUCGAGUGCUUGACGACGCUACUGCUGCUCCCACUGAGUCCUUCGUUUCCAGCCCAGCUGCGGCUUCGGGCCAUGGACCAUAUUUUAGUCAACGGCUGCGUCGGUCUGGUCUCGAUGGUCAUGGCUUAUCUCCACCGGCACACGGAGCGCAUUGUAGCGUGUGGGACGUCCGAUGACUUUCAAAGCCUCUGCGACGAGCCGACCGAGACGUGGUUACCACCGGCGCAGACCGAUGAGUUUUGGAAGGAAUGCGCCGAUGCACACAAGUCGCACUUUCUGCACUUGUAUGCGCAACACGCGAUCCAGAUGCGCGCCAAGCACAUGACGUUCCGAAGCGACAGCAGCGCGGCCAAGUACUUGCACGAGCAACGCCCGUCGCUCCAGUUUGCAUUCCGACAUUACGACUGGGUCGGCUUCAACGUUGACCACACGCUGGCCGAGUUCAAGACCGAGCAUUUGCUCAAAACCUCGUUUGAGCGCGCGUACACAAAAAUCCAAGCCGCCUUUCUCAAUCUCAAAACCAGUGGCGCUCCCGGCUGGCAGCCGCACUUGGCCCAUCGCGGGCUUGCGAUCGACACAGUGCGGGGCAACUUUCUCUUUUUCGGCAGCAACGGCGACAUCCUCUGCGGGUACCACGGCUCGCGGGAAAUUCCUUUGCACCAGCUCAAUUGGCAGUACCCGCUGCCGCGCCGCGCCGAGACGGACUGGAUGAUCAUUCACACCGUGCCCGAGAUGAUCUUUCCGCAGCUGUUUGCGUGGCUCAUCGACAUUUACGAGCAUGGCGCGAUCACGGACGAAGAAAUCGGGUAUGUGCGUCCCCACGACGAAGUGCUCCACGAAAUGGAGUUUAUCUUGCCGCGGUCGGCCUACAGUGUCCUGAGCGCGAUCGCAUUUGACGCUGCGACGGCGUACUACGCAGCUGAUUUUCUCCCGACGCUGCUUGCAACACCCGAGGUGCUCUUGCGCUACAACGCUAACGUUCGAACGACGCUCGAGCACAUUCGGAGCAAUGCCAAGAAGCGCAUGUUCCUUCUCACCAAUAGUUCGUGGGAACACACCAACGCAGUGCUCCAAUAUUCCAUCGGGAAAGACUGGGUUCAUUUCUUCGAUGUCAUUGUGACCAAAAGCAUGCCGAGCGUCUUCUUUGACGCAUUCAACACCCAACGCUUCAUGGAAGUGCCGAUUGUGCACAGCGGCUCCAAGUCGCUGGCUCCACUGACCACGCCGAUGCUCGAGCGCGGCCAUGUCUACGCCGGCGGCAACAUUACCGAAUUCAUGCUCACCUUGGGGCCGAAGGCCAAAGUGUGCUACAUUGGUGACCACCUCUUGCAUGACAUUGUGUUGCCGGCCGAGAACGUCGUUGCGCCGUGGGCGACCGUCGCGAUCAUCGGCGAAUCCAGUUUGCUUUUUCGCUACUUGGACAAGGGCCAUGUGACCGCAGAGCAAGUGCAACGUUUCAUGUGGUCCGUUCUCUUUGGCACGCCCAAGCGCGUCGAAGCGCGCUGCCGGCCGGCCGGCCCGUUCUUCUACUUGGACGUUGGCGGCGUCUACUCGCAGUGGGGCAAGAAAAUCAACGCCACAAGCAUCCUCUGCGUCGACAGCAUUAGCCGCCUGCACGAGCAACACGACACCAUGUCGGUCGACUUGCUCGUCCAAGCGCGCUUGAAUCGCCGUCGGGACUCGGUUCGAACCCGCGCGAGCGCCACCACAACGACGACUUUGGGACCGACAACGGGGGCAACCGCGAAUACAACGCUCGAGAAGCUGGCGCAUCUUUUGCACCCGAACAGAGUGACGGGCCUCGCGUCAUUCUCGACCAACCAAUGCAGCGAGACCCCCGGCGCAACGAACCGACGCCACUCGACGCACGCGUAG